UUACCUUAUUUUUAUCACACAUGUUUAUCAUAUAUAGAUUACAGACAACCUUUUCUACUUUAUUGUGCAUUUUAUAUACGUUUAUAAACUUUAGUCUUUAGUAGUUUAGUGUUCCGUUGUAAUUUAUAAUUGUAAAUUAAUAGUUAUUACUACGUUUUGUUGUUAUUUAGUGUGGAUAUUGUUCGGACGUGUUUUAUAUUAUUUAAAACUAUUCUAAUAUUAUUCAACAUUUUUUUUAUUUCCAUUAUUGUUUUCGUAGAUUGGAAUUUGUCGUUCUAUCUAUAUGUCUACACUCCUACACAAUUGACUUUUUGUCGCUCGUACCUAUUUGAUUAAUUUCAUUCAUUUAUAGUUUACCGAGAAUAUCUUCGAACGUAUUGGACAAUUUUCGUUUUCGUUAUUUUGGCUUUUGAAAACACUAGUAAGUACUUCGUUCCUAUUAAUUACAAUACUUUAUUCUUUCUACAUUAUAAUAAAAUAAACAACGCCCUAAUGCCUAUAAACCUUACGAUUUGAUAAAUUAUCCUGAUUAUUUUUGUGCUGCGUGCAACUCUGUUAUGUAGGAACUUUAUAAAUUGGUUUUUGUAUUCUAGUAUUAAGUGUCCGAGUUUUAUUUAUAAUGCGGGCACAACGCCAAUACAUAAAUUUGAUUCAAUAGAUGUGGUUUUUUUUUGCUUUCUUUUAUAGAUUUAUUAUUUUAACAUGACAUGUAAAAUUUGAAUAGAACUUAAUAGUCGCCUGUUUUCAAUAUUUGCCAACUUAGAUCCAUAGUUGGCGAAAAAUAAAAAAUAUUUCUUAUCUACAUAUCUCAUGGACUUCCCAAGUACAGUAUAGUGUGACUCAUGCUGAUUUCUGAACUGCAAAUAACCAAUUUUAAUUAAUGUGCUUGAUUAUUUUUAUUUUCAUACCUACCUAAAUAUUACUUUUAGUUGUUUUUAAAAUGAAAUAUUGUUAAAUCAAUUUUUUUUAAUAAUUACAAAGUAUUUUGGUGAAAAUAUAAAAAAAUAAAAUAUAAUAAAUAUUUUCUUAACAUUUAAUUUUAAAUAUUUUAUAUCUAACCAAAAUUAAAUAUUUAUAAAAUUGGAUUGAUUGAAACAUGAUGUGUGACUCAUUAUGUAUAUUAUGGCCUUUUAUGCAUUGAUAAAAAAAUAUAAAUUAAAGGAAUUACCAAUCUUAUUAAUAAUUGAUUUUUGUAAUUUUAACAACUACCUACUAGUUAUAAAUAAUUGUACAAGGUACGGACAUUACAAGUUUAGUUUUCUUUUAGUCAAUCAAGCUUAAGUCAUAACCAUUUAUUAUUCACCUCUAGGUAUAUACAUUUUUUUUUUUUUUAAAUUCAAUUUGUUAAAAAAUAAUAAUAAAUAAAAAAUACAUUUCAAUUGCUUGUAUUUUUAAUGAGUUGUGUCAUAAAUUUGGAUUUAAAACUCUUAUAUUCAAAAAGUUUUAUAUAUUAAUUUCAUAAUAUUUUAUACAAUACUUACUAAAAUUAAUAUAUUUUGGGUUUUAUUUUUUUCAACCAUUUAUUGUAAUUUAACAGGCUUUUAAAACUUACCAUCAUUAAGAUAUAUAUUACUUAAUGGGCAUCAUAUCUAGACAUAUAGAAUAAUUUUAAAUUCCUGUUUCUCAGCUAAUUUUUGACUUAGAAAAAUGAUUAAACCAUUCAAAUUCAUACAAAAUUAACUAUUGGUGUAAACGGGAGGUGGCCAUUCAAGAAAAACUAAAUUGCAUUGUAUAUGCUUAUAUCUAAUCAACAGUAAUAAAUUCUGAAUGCAUACAAAUGUUUAUUACUAAAUAUGACAAUUAACCAAUUAACUGAAAAAAUAAAAUUUAAGUUUUAUUCAAGAAUUCUAAGUAGUUUCAGUAAGCAUUUCCACAUUGUAUAUUAUACUACUAGAAAUUAUGGUUAUGUAUACAAGUGUGUAGUAAAUUAUAAUUUUAAAAAAUAUCUUUUAUUUUAAUUGUUCAUGAGUGGUUGCUAUAAGGGAAAUGAUUAAGAAGAUUAAAAAACAAACUUUAAUUCAUCAAUUAUUGCCUUUAAAUGCUAGCUCUCCUAGGCAAAUUUUGAACAUAGGUAUAAGCAAAAUUUUAUUGAAUUUCUUAGUUAACAAAUUUUACCAUUAGGCAAGUUACAACCAUUGACCAUUAUGUCAUGAAUUAGUAAUUAUGAGUCACAGUUUGUAUUGUGUAUUAUUACCAUGGCAAUAGUUGUUCAUAUAUUUUAAAGUCAUUAUUAUCUAUAUUACAAACAUAUAACAAUAAAGAUGGGUAUAUGAUACAACUAUAAUAUUAUAGUUUAUAAUUAAAUACAAACUAUAAUAUGUUGGUACAUCAUACUUUAACUAGCUUAACUGUAAUUUUAUUGAAAUCUAGAGUUUUGGUGCCUAUCUGUAUUAGUAACAAAACUUUUUUUUUCAGAACAAAUAAUUAUCUGUUAAUUAAUACAACAACAGAAAAUGUAUUCUAAUCCUAAUACAGCACCACCGCCAGGUAUGUUAUAUUAAUUAAUUAAACGAUCAAAACAUUUUAUAAAAGAAUUGUAUAUCAUAUUGUACUAAUAUUUUAUUUAUUUAUUACCCCAUGCGGCAGUUUGGUAAUAAACUUUAUUUUUUCAUGAUGUAAUAUGUAAAAUAUAUGCAUAUUAUUCUUUAGGUUUUUCUCCAUAUCCACCAUCUCAAAAUCAGUAUCCACCAGCUGCUAACCAAAUUCAAUAUCCACCAGCUGCUAACCAAAAUCAAUAUCCACCGGCUGCUAACCAAAAUCAAUAUCCAAUGUCAGCCGGUCAGCAAAUUCAACCCUAUCAACAUGAUCAAUAUAAUAUGUAUCAGCAUCAACAAAUGCCCAUACAACAUAAUCAAGGAUAUCCUAUUGUUCAAAAUUCAAACUAUCCACCUCCAUAUUCCCAAUCAGGUUAUGGACAGGUUAUUCAACAACAGCCUAAUACUCAUCAACCAGUUCCUCAAGCUGCAGCAGGUAGGUUUUAUUAUUUAUUUAAAAGCAGUUUUCACUGAAGAUUGUGAUUUAAUCUAUAUACCUAAAAAUAUAACACAAUAAGAAAUAAACAGAAAUAAAAUUGUAUACUCAUCAUUGCAUAUUAUAAGUAUCUACACUACAUAUUUACCUAAUGUAAUACAGAUUUACUAAUUAAUGGUAAAUAAUGCAUAUUAUAGUCAUAUUCUCUCAGAAAAAUCAAUAUAGUAAUUAGUAUUAACUUCCUUCUUCCUCUCUUUUACUAAGGACUAUACUAUCCAUACUAUUUCCAACUGAUCUCCAUCUUUGUUAUAAAAUUACACUUCAUCCUAUUUCCCACCUCGUAUACUCUGACUUGUCUUUGUAUUAUUCUCAAUUGGAUCCAAAUCCCUUUUUCUAGAUUAUUCUUCCUAGUCUAUUUUCAUUUUGAUUCUUACUACUUCAUUUCCUUAAUCCUAAUGACAUACCUAAUCUAUCUCAGUAUAUUUUUUUUUCUAAGUUACUUCUUUUGUACUAAUUUCUUAAUCUAUCUUCUAGCUACUCUAUUCAUUCACCUAAGAAUUCUCAUUCUCUGUUCUAAUUUACUGUCUAAUCAUUAGAAUUCUCUUGUCACAUAAAACACCUGACACUUCUUUUUCUCCACUUUAAACAACCACUUUUAAUCAUAUGUUUUCUAUCUCUAUUAUUACUUAUAGUAGUUAACUGUUCUCCAAACUCAAAUUCAGUUUUACAUUUACUUACACUUAGUCUUUUUUCAUCUUUCUAUUUGAAAUUGUCUCCUAUCAAAGUUGUACCAUCUGUAAACAUCAUGCACCCUGGUAGCUCCUUUAAGCAGUUGUUCCCAUGCACAUCAGGGAUGGAUAAAUCUACCAAAACCUUGUUUACAACUUCUCAUACUGUUUGCCGGAAUUUCACAUUGGCUGUCGACCUAAUGUAACCCCAUUUGUUGCCUUUUACAACAGGUAGAGGUACCGUGAGAGUAUUCUGGUCUAUUCUACUGGAGCAAUACCAUAUGCCAACUGGAAUCACCUACUUGGGCUUUUCACUUGGAGUUCAGGGCCCUGGGUUCACUAAACUCUUAUUAUAAUAUACCCCUUAAAAUCGCAUUAGUAUUAUUACUAUAUUAGAUAUAAACCAACAACAUGCAUAUAUCAUAGAAGCAAUUUUAUAUUUUCACAGACGGUUGGAUGCCAAUUCCUCAAAUUAUACCACAAAAUUGUCCAAAUGGUCUCCAGUACCUUUCAACAAUUAAUCAAUUGCUUGUUAAACAAGAAUUGGAAGUUAUAGAAGGUAAACAAGUAAAUUAAAUACUAAUAUAUUAGUUAUUUGUAAUAAUUAGAUUUUCUGUUUUUGUCUUACACACGUUCAACUUAGGAAUUUAGAUAUGUUCCAUUUCCAACAUAUCAAUUGGUCUGGUAAAGUGAUAAGAAUUCUCAAUUAACAGACCAAAUUAAUUAUUUAUCACUUAAUUUUUACUUUCAACAAAUAUAGAAGUAUCAUAUGGAAUCAAUUUAUCUUUUCAAAAUAUUUUUCUAGCGAAAAAUGUUUAAAUUCUAUAUUGACAAUUUAAAAAUAUUAUAAGUAAUCAUAAUAAAUAUGUAAAUAAUUUUUUAUAGAUAACAGCGACCUUCCCAAUGUAUGAAAUUGUGUUUUUUUUUUUUAACUUUUUCAUUUUUAUUCAGUUUAUUUGUCUAAAUGAUUCUUACAGCUUUAUUGGGUUUUGAAACGAACAACAAGUAUAAAAUUAAAAAUAGUGCUGGUCAGAAAGUAUUUUAUGCAGUGGAAGACAAUGACUGUUGUACACGGAAUUGUUGUGGUCCUAUUCGACCAUUUGAAAUGAAAAUCUUAGACAACUUUAAGAAUGAAGUAAUCCACUUAUCAAGACCUUUAGCAUGUCAAUCUUGCUUUUUUCCUUGCUGUUUACAGGUAAAACAAUUUGUUAAAUUAUCAAUCAUCAAUUUGAUGAUGGUAUUAUUAUUCAAACAUAUCGCAUUUGAAAAUUUAGUAUAUUUAUGUAUUGUGUAUUCAAAUUUUUGAUACAAUAUAUUUUUUCAUGUGUAAAGAAAAUUGUAGUAUAAAAAUGUUUUAUAUUAUAUUUGUAUUUUUAACAGAGAAUUGAAGUAUUUUCACCACCAGGUUGUUUGGUUGGAACAGUUGAACAGGAUUGGUCUAUUUUGACACCUAUGUUUACUAUUCGUAAUGGAGCUAAUGAAGAAGUGUUAAAAAUUGAAGGACCAAUUUGUCGUUUCGGCAUGUGUGGUGCUGAUGUUGAAUUCAAAGUAAUAUUUUCAAUAGUUGUAAUUAGCGAGCUUAAAAUAAGAGAGUGAUUACCGGUGCCAUAAUUUCUGAUUGGUUCUCUUUAUCAAUGAUAAAAUUUCAUUCAUACAAUAUUAUUGAUUAAUAUUUAAAUGUUAUUUUAAAAGUUUUCAAAUAGGUACAAUGUAUAAUACAAAAUUUAAAUUAGGUGCAAGUUUAAUUACCUACCUAUUUAUGUAUUUAUUAGUUUAGAGAAUGUGAUCCCAAUCCUCCUUUACAGUCAAACCAACAAGUAAUAUUUGAAAAUUACAUUUAUGCAGGCUGAGUAAAAAUUGCUUAAUUUUAGUUUUUUGGUACCACAUCUUUGUGUAAUAUUUUAUAAUAUAUGCUAUAAAGCAUCUAAAAAUGAAUUAUUUUCAUCAAAUUAUUUCAAUAUCAGAUGCCAGAAUGCACAGCUUUAUGUUGUGAGAACCCAAGAGAUUUUUAAUAUUAACAAAUUGAAGAUAAUAAAUUUAAUAGAUUUUCACAUUUUUCCUAUUUAUUAAGAAAACCUCUGGAAAAAUCAAAAUGACCUCUCUAAAGUAUCAUCCAGAUAAAAUUUACUUUCAAAUAAAUAAUAGGGUGGCUAGGAAGACAAUUGCUAAGGAAGGAUUUAUUUUAAACUCAACUCCUAAAGGUUGAAAAGAAAAUAUAUGUUAUGUUACAUUUAUAGGACAACAGCGGUUUUAACUUCAAUGAUAGGGAUAGGGAUGGAAAUAGAAAGCCACAGAGCAAGAAAUUUUUCUUUUUUUUCCUUAAAUACAGUUAUGUGUAAAGCCGGGUGAGAUAAAUAAUAACAAUACAGCAUAUAAUAAACGGAAAAUAAUGACUGUAGAUAAUCAUAAAAUCAACAUAUAAACAGUAAAAUGUAUAAAAAAUAGUAAUCGCAUGGGUUAUUUCGGUUGUUGUUUUUUUAAGGUACAAUACUAUAUGUAUAAGUAUUAAUAAUUCCAUUAUAUAUAUAUAUAUAUAUAUUAAUUAUUUACAUAUAUAUUUCAUUACAAAAUGAACACUCCUUAAUGGACUAAAUAAAUAUCCUUUCCAACAACAAGGUACUCUUUCUUGCUCACUCAAAUAUAGGCUUGCUUGUGGAUCACUACAUAUUAUAUAUUUUUCCGAGUUUGUUUGAAGUUACAAUCUGUCCCUGUUACUGAUACUUAGAAUUUAGUCUAUGUGAUAAUAAUGUUUGAAUGAAUAAUUACAAUAUGGCACUAUCCAUAUCUAUUAAUAAAAAAAUGCUCUCUAGUUGUAAUCAUGUUUGAUAAAGAAACCGAUUAAAAAAAUAACUUUUGCCAUAGAUAUUAUCUAAAGAUCAAUCGACUGUAGUCGGGCGUAUAUCAAAACAAUGGUCAGGACUAUUAAGAGAAGUAUUCACUGAUUCUGAUUAUUUUGGUAUAACUUUUCCUAUGGAUCUUGAUGUUCGUAUGAAAGCAGUUAUGAUGGGCGCUUGCUUUUUAAUUGUAAGCUAAAUACAUUUAAUAGUUAUAUAUUUCUUUUCUUUACUUAAUUAAAUACAAUUAUAAUCAUUGCAUUCUUUAACUAUUAAUUACGUUUUGCAGGAUGUCAUGUUUUAUGAAAAGCGAGGUAAUCGAGAAUCUGAUGGAAUUGGUCUUUGUUAAUUUACUUAUUGACGUGGUUGUAUAGCUAACUGUACUGCUUAUGAUUGUGAUUUCAAUAUGUAUAAUCAAAUGUAAUAUGUUACAAUAUUUAACAUUCAAAAUUCACACAAAAGGCUACAUAAUAAUUAAUAAGAAUAUCACAAAAGAAUUUAUUGUUAAAAAAAGUUACUACUUAAUAUAUACUAUACACUAUUCACUACUGUUCUUAUCAUUACAUUAUUUCUAUCCAUUUAAAAAGUAUACUAUUUUUAUAAUAUAUUAUUUAUUACUUGAUAUCUUGGAAUUAAAUUUGCAUUAUGUAUUCAAUUAGAUAUGUUUGAUAAUUUAAUUUGUAAACCACAACAUUUGAUAUAUUUUUUUAUUAUGUUCAUGUAAGUUAUUGUAAUUUGUUUUAUCUGAACAAUAGUUUCUAAUACUUAAAUUUUUUCAAAAAUUAUAAUGCAAAUUGUGAAUUAGAUUAUUUUUUUAUUUUAAAUGUCAUAUUGUAACCAAAAUUUGAACAAAAAGUUCAUUCUGCUUUAAAUAUUAGGAUAAAAGUCUAUUAAAUUUAUUGUAAAUGGGUUUGAUAAUAUUAAACCAAAAGCAUUUUGUAAUAUUACACAUUUUUAAAGUAUAUUUGACUAAUAGUCUGAGUAGUCACUUUUAACAAAUAGUUUAUAUUGUAUACCUAAUUAUAAUUACCAAUCGUUUGUUGUUCAAACUUUGAUUAUGAUAUGUCAAUAUUUUCAGAAAAACCAUUCGAUUCACAAUUCACAUUAAAAUAUGUAGGUUGAAAAACUAAAGUUUGUGCUGACUCAAAAUACUUCUAAAUUUGAUAAAUCUAAAUACAGUGAAAACUAUAUAACAUAACUAGUUCAUCAUAAUGGUUUGUUUGAUAUACAAUCUAUUAAUAAACUUAUUCUUUAAAGCGUAAUGGUCACUCCCAAUAACAAAACAAUAUUUUAUGUUUCAUAAUACAAUUUUCGUGUUAUCAUAUUAUAAAUUAUAAAAGAUAAAUAUUUUACAGAUUAUAUUCUUUUAUCUACUUUUAUCAUCGUAAUAAUUAGAUAUUAAUCGAUUAAUAUGUAUGAUAAUUAAUAAUACAUUCAUAUUUAAUAAUUUUGUUUUUACAUUAUUAUUUUAUUACAUAUAUAGGUAUUUUCAUACAUAAAUACUUUAAAUUUUGUGUUUUUUUUAAACCCUCUUUUUUUAUUACGAAAACUAUAAAAGAAAUUUAUUGGUCCCUUCAAAUUCGUUAUAGUUUUCACUGUAUUCUCAAAUUUUGUCUCUACUUACAAAUUACAAAAAUCAAAAUUUAAAUGUAUGAAUAACUUAACCAUCUGUUUAGUUUGAUCAGUUUUAUAGAAUCGUCCUGUUACUAAGUGUUAUAUAUAAGUGUUAAGUAUAUAAUAUACUGAGUUGUUAAAUAAUGUUAGUAGAAGCUUUAAUAAUUAACAAUUUUUAACAAAUAUUUACCAAAAUUAUUAAUUAAUAAAAAUAAUAAUAUUUAUAAAAUAUUAAUUAUUUUUAUAUGCUUAUUAUACGAUUUUUAUAUUCUAAUUUUGAUAAAUUUAAAAUUUAUAUUAAUAUAAGAAUCCUUGAACAAAGAUUCACAUUUCUCAGGGUUAUUAUUUGUCUUUAUUUAUCAUCAAUUAUUUUUCUUAUAAUUUUAUAACUAAAACCAUUAAAAUAUUUUAUUUUAUUUGUAUACUAAUAUUUAUUUGUCAUUAUUUUCCUAACAUUUUAAUGUUUUUAAGUUGAAAUAUUUGUUUUUACAAAUAAUUUAUACAACUUAACUAUAGUUCAUUUAAAAAUUUUGAAAUGUUUGUAUGUCUUGUGAAUUCUUAGUAUUUAAAUUGUAAUAACCAUUAAAAUUAAAUUAUAUAAAAUAUUUUUAAAAUCAAAUUAUAUUUAUUGAUAUAUUUCUUCACUAUUUUUUUUUUUUUUAUAAUUUUUUUUUUAACUACUUAAGUAAACUAUUUAUCUGUAAUUCAAAAAAUUAACAUAUUUAUAUCCAACACAAAUAAUUUUAACUGCACUUUUUUUAGUUUUUUUUUAUUAUUUUACUCCACUAGAAUUGUCAAUGCAUUUGAAAAUAAUAAAUAAUGUACCCUAUUCAUUAUCUAUUUUAUUUGUAUACAAGUUUAAAUAUAUUUUUAAAAUAAAAUAAUGAUGUAACAAUAUUUAAAAGAUAAAAUAAUAACUUUAAUGAUCACACAUUUAUAACACUUGCCAAUGUUUUUUUUUUCCAAAAUAUCUCGGAAAUCAAUAUGGUUUAGACCGGGUUUAGGUGUGGAGAAUACAUUAUAUGAGGUAACACAAUUUAUAUAUAAAGAAUUGGUACAAUGAUAAUAAAAUUUUAACUGUCUUCUUGGAUCUAGCAAAGGCUUUUGACUUCAUACAUCAUGAUAUUCUUUUUAAAAUUCUACCUACUUUCGGAAUAAAUAAUCACAGUAUAUUUUAUUUUGAUUUAAGAGCUAUCUUGUAGAAAACAAAUAGUAAAAUUAAAUAUUACAAGUAAUUAAAACUUUAUAACAUAUGGUGUCCCUUAGGGUAGCGUGCUAGGGCCAUUUCUAUUUAUAUUAUACAUAAAUGCGGCUUGUAAAUUAAAAACCGAUGGCAAAAUAGUAACGUAUAUUUAUGAUAUUUGCCUAUUAUUCACAGACAAUUGUUGGGAUAACGUACAUCUUAAAGCUACGGAAGGUUUAAACCUAACGUAUAAAUAUUUAAAUAAAAUACGCUUGACUAUAAAUUAUGAUAAAACUAUGUAUAUGAAUUUUUCAAUAAAUAAAUGUAAUACUUACGGAUCUCCAUUAAUAAUCCAUGAUUGUAACACCUCUACAAAAUUUUAUCCUUGUAUAAACUUAUACAAACUUGUAUACAAAUAAAAAAUAUACACAAAAUCUGUUAUCUAAGUAUAAUUUCAGAUAAUAACUUAAGAUGGGACCUACAUAUCAAUAAUUUAGUUUGUAAGCUACGUACAAUAUUAUAUAAAUUCAUUAAACUUAGAGAUUUGUUAUCAGUACAAUUUUUAUGUAAUACUUAUUUUGUUUUUUAUCAAAAUGGUCUUCUAGUUUGGGGAGGUGCUAAAGACAAAAAUAUAAACAUUCUACAACAAAAUCAAAAUAACACACUAAGAAUAAUUAUGUAAUCUAUUUAAUUAUUGCUUCAUAUAAAAUCAAGUUCAUCAUUAUGUCU